AUGAACGGCGGGAUGAAUGGCAUGAAUGGCGCCAACAUGGGUGGUGGCGUGCCCAUGCCCACACCCGCCGGCCACCAGGCCGAGCUCAAUUACAUAUACGGCAUGGUGGAGGAGCUCAGCAGACAGCUCGCCGAAAACAGAAGAGUCACAGAAGAUAUCGUCAGCGGCCUCGGCCGUGUCCGCAAUCGCGCGCGGACACAAGGGCUCGACAACGACCAAGUCAUUGACGCCGCGGCCGAGGAAAUCAAUCGUCAAGACCAAAAUAUGGACGCCCUCCUCUCCGUCCUCUCCGAAUCACUCGAAAAAGCCAAGCAUUCGCGCGACGCCAACGCGACGCUACUCACACUAUUUGCCAAUGCGCUGGCCACUAUGCUCAAGCAAUUCCACGAGUACAAGGCCAAGCACGUGACGGACGUGGCGUCGUGGCACCGCUCGUACCGGUCGCAACUCGACGAGGCGCGCCGCGAGAACAGUCGCCUCCGGGAGCAGAUUGGGGAGAUGCAGGCGCACGCGGCGACGGCCAACGACUCGUUGCGGCGCUUCCGCCGCAGCUACGACGCCGACCGCGCGCGCUGGGAGGGCCGCGUCCAGGAGACGGCCCUCAAGCAGGAGGUACGCUUCUGGAAGCGCCUCGCGAUGCCAGAGCUCGAGGACGACGACCCCUACUGGAGCGCCGACGACGACAUCAUCGACGGCGCGGAAAAGGAGCGUCUUGCGCACCUGGAGAUGCGCGCCGCGCAGGAGCAGCGCAUAGCGAGAGAGGAUGGUGAUGACGGGGACGGGCUGCCGCCACCGAUGAUGAUGCAUGCGCCCACGCCGCCGCAGCUCAUCUCGCCCGCUGGUGGCUCGAUGGGCGGGAUCGCGAUGCAGAGAGGGGGGGAUGAGGGGGGCUUGCCGCUCCCGCCGCCACCGCCGAGACCGCUGAACGCGGCAUCGAGCACUGGCUCGACAGGCUCGUAG